AUGCGUCUGGUGCCAGCGUCGCCGCUGGGCGUGGCCGAGGGGUGGGUGAGCGGGCUGCGCGCGUGGCUGCACGAGGUGGUCAACUGCGCCGAGUACGGGUACUCGCCCGUGCGCCAGUGCGAGCAGUGUCAGCCCUGCGAAUGCGGCUGCGGGGAGGCGGCGGCGCUGGCGGAGAGGUGCGAGCAGUGCCCGCUGUACGGGGCCUCGAGCCCCGCGCCCCAGGAGAGGUCGUGGGUGAUGGAUCCGUCUCUGGGAGACGAUGAGGCGCCGAAGGACCCUGGGGCCCUUCAGGCUCACCAGCCCAGCUACACCGAGAAGGACUUCGAAGAGUAUCAGGAGUAG